ACGCACGCACGUCCAUAACAGAUCUGCAGCUGUCUGAGAGCAACAAUAACAAGCUACCGACGGGCUGCGCGCGGCUUCACCGCCACUGACAGCGCGGAGCUCCGCACCGACCGACACCAUGAGCCCCGCACACUGACCCUCCGCGGCCCGCCUCCGACCUCCGCGCCGCCCCGCGGGACACCGUCGAACCGCCGCGGAGAGAGAGCCGUCCGGGGCUGCAUCUGGGUCAGUGGGCCUGUCGGCCGGUCGUUCUCCCCCGCGGCGUCCCGUCGCCUCCGUCCAGCCCGCGGUGACAUGCAGGCGAACGGAGACCCCGACCCGUCCUGCAGGAACGGCGCCCAGAACGGAGAGCCGUCCUCCGCCGGGGCCGCGCACUCCAACGGGGUGCUGCCGGUCGGCAACAACAACAACAACCACCACGGAGGGUCGGCGCAGCCCGGACCCAACAACAACAACAACAACGGCCCGGCCGAGGGGGGCAAGAAGAAGAAGCGGCUGUCCCAGUCCGAGGAGGACGUCAUCCGGCUCAUCGGACAGCACCUGCACGACCUGGGACUCAACCAGACGGUGGAUCUGCUCAUGCAGGAGUCCGGAUGCAGGCUGGAGCACCCGUCUGCCACCAAGUUCAGGAACCACGUGGUGGAGGGCGAGUGGGACAAGGCUGAGAGCGAUCUGAAUGAGCUGAAGGCCCUGAUGCAUUCUCCCAGCGCCAUCGUGCGGAUGAAGUUCCUGCUGCUGCAGCAGAAGUACCUGGAGUACCUGGAGGACGGGAAGGUUCUGGAGGCGCUGCAGGUGCUCCGGGCCGAGCUGACGCCGCUGAAGUACAACACGGAGCGGAUCCACAUCCUCAGCGGGUACCUGAUGUGCAGCCAUGCUGAGGACCUGCGUGCCAAAGCUGAGUGGGAAGGAAAAGGAACGGCAUCCAGAACCAAACUGCUGGACAAGCUCCAGACGUACCUGCCUCCGUCCGUGAUGCUGCCUCCUCGCCGCCUGCAGACGCUGCUGAGGCAGGCGGUGGAGCUGCAGAGGGAGCGCUGCCUCUACCACAACACCAAGCUGGACAGCGGACUGGACUCCGUGUCCCUGCUGCUGGACCACGCCUGCAGCCGGAAACAGUUCCCCUGCUACACCCAGCAGAUCCUGACUGAACACUGUAAUGAAGUCUGGUUCUGCAAGUUCUCCAACGACGGCACCAAGCUGGCCACCGGCUCCAAGGACACCACGGUGAUCGUGUGGCAGGUGGACCCGGACACCCAGCAGCUGAAGCUGAUGAAGACCCUGGAGGGCCACGCCUACGGCGUCUCCUACCUGGCCUGGAGCCCCGACGACGCCUACCUGAUCGCCUGCGGUCCGGACGACUGCUCCGAGCUGUGGCUGUGGAACGUCCAGACGGGGGAGCUGCGGACCAAGAUGAGUCAGUCUCAUGAGGACAGCCUGACCAGCGUGGCCUGGAACCCGGACGGGAAGCGCUUCGUCACCGGGGGCCAGCGGGGCCAGUUCUACCAGUGUGAUCUGGAUGGAAACCUGCUGGACUCGUGGGAGGGGGUCCGAGUGCAGUGCCUGUGGUGUCUGAGUGACGGCCGGACCGUCCUCGCCUCCGACACCCAUCAGCGCAUCCGCGGAUACAACUUUGAGGACCUGACUGACCGAAACAUAGUGCAGGAGGACCACCCCAUCAUGUCUUUCACCGUCUCUAAGAACGGGAGGCUGGCCCUGCUGAACGUGGCCACUCAGGGGGUCCACCUGUGGGACCUGCAGGACCGGGUUCUGGUCAGGAAGUACCAGGGGGUGACGCAGGGCUUCUACACCAUCCACUCCUGCUUCGGAGGCCAUAACGAGGACUUCAUCGCCAGCGGCAGCGAAGAUCAUAAAGUUUACAUCUGGCACCGGCGCAGCGAGCUGCCCAUCGCCGAGCUGACCGGCCACACCCGCACCGUCAACUGCGUCAGCUGGAACCCCGCUCUGCCCGGACUGCUGGCCAGCGCCUCCGACGACGGCACCGUGCGCAUCUGGGGCCCCGCCCCCUUCCUGGACGUCCAGGACGCAGAGGGGUUCAACGAAUGCUGCAGUAUGGACAGCUGAUGACGAGCCGCUGCUCUCCGCACCGCCAGACUCUGUAGAAACUUGAAUGGAUGAAGCUUUGGGGGGGCUUUGACGAUUGGACAGCUGCUUCCUGGAGGCGUGGCCUGCAGUGCUUUUUUUUUUUUUGUUGUUUUUUGCUUCAAGAUGUCCCAACACAGAGAUGUCAGACUCAGUCACGUGGUUGUGAUCGGACCCCCUCCUGGUGUCGGCACCACCCUCCACCUCAUAUUUAUUCAAACACCUUAUUUAUUGAUGCGUAGUUGACUGAGGGGUGCGGACCCCCCCCCCCCCCCCCCCCCCCCCCUCCCCGUUUGAAGCCCACCUGACCUGCGGAGCGUGCCCGGCUCGCCGCCUGGUCGGGAGCGAGCGGCGGCGGUUUCAGCACGUUUGCACAGACUGUGUGUCCUGCUGCCUUGUUGGAUCACCGGAACCUUCCUGAUGGAGUGCAGUUCCCCACUUCCUGUUUCAGUUGCUCUCACGUGCGCGUCCUGUUUCUAACGCACGUCCCUCCCAGCAGCAGCCCUGAUUAUAUAAAUGAAUAAUAUAUAUAUAUAUAUAUAUAUAUAUAUAUAUAUAUACACGCACACACACACACGUUUUUUGCUUUCCUUCACUCCUGACCUGUCCUUUGUUUUGGUCCUGCUGCCAGUGGACCGAGCGGUGGGGAGACGCUGGCUGGCGGCUCUCAGUGCUCAGCCCCCCGAGCCCCCUCCCAUUCUGUAGUGCAGCGUCCCAUCUGCGCCACCAUGUGGUGCAAAGUGGUAUUCCAGGAUGGGGUUCAGUAGCGGUGUGUGUGACGGCUCUUUAAAAUCCACUCAUGUUUUUACAAAAUCGUCUUGAAGCCAGAAUCUGAGGCGACGGCUACAGGGACGCUUUUCACCCUAAAUUACCUGUGUGUGUGUGUGUGUGUGUGUGUGUGUGUUCUUGUAUUUCUAUCCUUGUCGGGGCCAAAUGUCCCCACAAGGAUAGCAAAACGUGGAACGACGUGCCUUGUGGGGACCU